AUGUCACUCGCCGAAUCGAAGAAGCGCCUCGCACUGGCCAUUAUCGACUUCUUGUCAACGUCGCUCAAAGAUGGGACGCUUACCACUGAUGAUAAUGAAUCUGUCGAGGUUGCAUCAACUUGUAUUGCCGAUGCUUUCAAGGUAGAUCCGAAUGACAAGGCUGCCAUGCAAGACGCCGUCGGCACACAGAAUCUUCACAGCAUCUAUCGUGUUUAUGAAAAAUUGAAGGGUAGGAGUACAGCUUCAACGACCGGCGAGAGCUCAGUACAAGAGGGCCGGCCAAGCACACCAUCCGCACCAAAAAGCGAAGACUCCAAAGCAUCAGCUACAGCGACAGAGAAGCCAAAUCCAGAGGCAGAAAAGUUGAAGAGCGCGGGAAACGCUGCAAUGCAGCAGAAAGACUACCAGACGGCCAUCGCCAAGUAUACAGAAGCUAUCUCCUUGUCUCCUGCGAAUCCAAUCUAUCUCUCAAAUCGCGCAGCUGCCUACUCUGCUUCGGGGGAUCAUGGUGCUGCCGUUGCCGAUGCUGAGAUUGCUGUUGCUGCAGAUCCAACGUACACCAAAGCAUGGUCACGGCUUGGGCUGGCUAAGUUUGCGUUAGGCGACGCGAGAGGGAGUGCGGAAGCUUACCAGAAGGGCAUAGAGUACGAAGUGGCCGAGAUGGAAAAGGAGGAGGAGGAGCACUUGCCAGAAGAUGACGGUGAUGACGCGCCAGGCAAUACCCGAGGUCCUGGUGGUGCGGGAGGUAUGCCAGAUCUCUCCAGCUUGGCCAGCAUGUUCGGCGGAGGAGGCGGUGGUGGAGGUGGCGGCAUGCCUGAUAUAGGUGGUCUGAUGAACAACCCCAUGUUCGCGGGCAUGGCUAGAAACCUCAUGCAAAACCCAGAGGCAAUUCAAGGGUUGAUGAACAACCCUAGAUUACAACAGAUGAUGCAGGGAUUGCAAGGAGGGGGUGGAGGCGGGGGUGGAGGCGAGGGAGGAGGCAGAGGCAGAGGUGGAAUGCCAGAUCUAUCGAGCUUGAUGAACGACCCAAACAUUGCCAAUCUGGCGAAUCAAUUCAUGGGAGGCGGCAGAGGAGCCGGUGGUGGUGCUGGCAGAGGAGCUGGCCAAGGCUCUUGA